GAAAACAUCAAAUCUCUCCAACACUCUCGCCAGAGAUGCAACUCUUUCUCCCUUCACUCCUCCUCCUACUCGCCGCACUAUCUCCUCCGGCGACUUCCCACUACUCAUCCUCAACUUCAUCUCCAUCUUCUUCCUCCUCAGUCUCUUCCUCCGCCUCCGAAUGGCGCCCCGCACGAGCCACCUACUACGCAGCGACCAAUCCUCGCGACGCAGUAGGCGGUGCGUGCGGAUACGGAGAUCUCGUCAAAUCAGGAUACGGUAUGGCCACUGUUGGUCUGAGCGAGACUCUGUUCGAGCGUGGACAGAUCUGUGGAGCUUGUUUCGAGCUCAGAUGUGUCGAUGAUCUACGCUGGUGUAUCCCUGGAACUUCCAUCAUUGUAACCGCUACGAACUUCUGUGCUCCUAAUUACGGUUUUGACCUUGAAGCUGGUGGUCACUGUAACCCUCCGAAUAAACAUUUCGUGUUGCCUAUUGAGGCGUUUGAGAAGAUCGCUAUUUGGAAAGCUGGUAACAUGCCGGUGCAGUAUCGAAGGAUUAACUGUAGAAGGGAAGGAAGCAUUAGGUUUACAAUAGAUGGUGGAGGCAUUUUCAUUUCGAUUCUGAUCACUAAUGUUGCGGGAUCAGGUGAUAUAGCUGCAGUGAAGGUCAAAGGAUCUAGAACCGGGUGGUUACCAAUGGGUCGUAAUUGGGGACAGAACUGGCAUAUCAACGCUGAUCUCAAGAACCAAGCUCUCUCUUUUGAAGUGACUGCUAGUGACAGAUCAACCGUGACAGCCUACAACGUUGCUCCCAGAAACUGGGAUUACGGACAAACCUUUGAAGGGAAACAGUUCGAGACUCUGUGACACACAGAGAGAAGGGUACACACCGAGAUAUCUAGUGAUUGGGGUGAGGAUUUUUUGAUGGCAAGUCUUGGUCUAAGGUUAUUUGUAGAGUUGAAAAAGGAAGAAAGAGUGUGUUACUUUUUGUAUUUUGUAGUUUCACUCUCCCACGAAAAGUCACCAAUGUACUAGGAAGAGUGAUCACACAGACAUCACUAUUGUCUUUUUACAUUACUAAGGAGCAAAGCUUCCUAUCAAAUGCUUAACGC